CGCUGCGCCUCCAGGGGGCGCCGCACGGGCCGCAGAGGCCACCGAGCCCGCCAUGGCGGUGCCCCGGGUGCUGCUGCUCCUGUCCGGGCGUCCGGAGUCGGUGAGCUUCGCGCAGAGCGUGUGCGGCCUCCUAGGCUCUGGCCCAGGGCUCGGGCCGUGGCCCAUGCACUGCAGCUUGAAGCGAGGACAGCUCAUCCUCUCGGACAGGCCAUUCCCGGAGGCCUCGGCCAGGCUUCCGCUCCAGCGACCCCCUUUCUGCCCUUUUGCGGCCCUGGCCCAGCAGCCCAUGGCCCCCAAGGCCAUGCUGCCCGUGAAUCGAGGUGUGGAUCUGGGUGUGGCCGUCCUUCUACAGUCCAGCGACCAGACCGUCUUGUUGACCCGAAGGACACCCACUCUCCGAAUCUCCCCCAACCUCUGGGUACCCCCAGGUGGGCAUGUGGAGCAUGAGGAAGAGGUAUCUAGCAGUCAGCUGACCCAACCUGUGCCCCACCUACCUACGUGUGGGACCUCUGGAUGUGGGCUAGGGAGGGGCAAACAGGACUCGGGGAGUCCAGCAUUGCCCUCUCUGACUGCCCUCUUUGACUCCCAGUUGCUGGAUGGAGGCCUUCGAGAGCUGUGGGAGGAGAGUGGACUACAGCUGCCCAAGGACCAGUUCUCCUGGGUCCCUCUGGGGUUAUGGGAGUCUGCCUACCCACCUAGGCUAAGCUGGGGUUUCCCCAAAUACCAUCACAUUGUUCUCUAUCUACUCGUGAUCUCCCAGGAGUCACAGCAGCAGCUGCAAGCCCAGAUCCAACCAAACCCAGGUGAGGUGAAUGCCCUUAUGUGGCUGGGACCAGAGGUAGCAGCCGCAGUGGCUGCUACAGAGGAUGGGUCAGAGACAGCUGGCUUUCUCACCCAGGACCUGCCACCCUCUGUCCCUGCAAUUCAGCUAGAAGAGGAUGGAGGAGCCCGACCUGGGGCUGUGCCCAUGUCCACGCUGCUGCAGACAACGCCAGCCACAGCAGAGGACAAAGAGAGGGUCAGCACUGGAACCAAGUUUGCUCUCAGGCUCUGGCUGCAACAUCUGGGCAGGUAAAGGCAAGGGCCGCACAAUGGAGGAGAAGGAAGAACUGCUCUCAGAGAGCCGUGUAAUGUCCCCACCAGGGGAAAGUGGAGUUUACGUAGACCCGGAGCCAGCAGAGGACGGAAUAUGGACCCUCUUCCCCCAAACCAGAGGUCUGGAGAGCCCCCUCCCCAGUCCACCUCCAGGACACUCACAGAACAUUCACAACCUUUAUUGUGGGUGAGAACUUUGCUACAGCUUUGGGAAUAAAAAGUAAAAUUACAACAUACGUCCUAGGCCCCGGAGGAGCCUGGAAAAAUGACUGGAAAGGAGGGCACGGGGUCCUCCCACCACCCAGGAAAGGUGCAAAAUGAGCCAGGCCUGCCCACCGGGCCAUGGGUCUCUAAGAAGCUUAGGCCCCAGGCUGACUGCCAUUAAGAAACACUGCGAACUUAAAUAUAUAUAAAUAGAGAGAGACCUGGGCAACAGACCAGGCCCUCCCUGCUUCCAAACCCCUGGAGACCACAACUCAGGCCCAUCUUCUCCUCAGUCAUACUGGGAAGUAGGAGGCAAGGGAAGUCACCUUUGGAGUGUUUUGGUUUUUCUCAUUUAUGUACAAAAAAAAUCUUCAACCCAAAAUAGAGAUCUCUGUCCAUCUCUGAAA